CUCACGCAGUCUGGGCUGGGUCUGCUUGCUGCUUACAAGGAGAGGCACUCUCUUGUAUUCAUGGUGGUGCAGUGAUAACCUGAGCAUUUUUUUUUCCUCUCUUUUUUUAUUCCCUUUUCCCCUUCGCUUUGCACACGGGAAGGCUCAUGUCUGUCUUAUGAAGACAUGAUGAGCUUCGUGCAUUUAAGGACUUUCCUUUUUCUGCUGGUCUCCGGGGCUCAAGUUUUGAUUGUGACAUGUCAAGACGGGAACGGCGGCGAUGACAAAAGCUGCACGGCCGACGGCCAGGUCUACACCAACAGGGACAUCUGGAAGCCGGAGCCGUGUCGCAUCUGCGUCUGCGACAACGGCCAGGUCCUCUGCGAUGAGAUCCAGUGCGACGAGCUGACCAACUGCCAGAAGAUGACCAUCCCGGACGGAGAGUGCUGCCCCGUGUGCCAGGGCGACUCUCCCAGCGGCGGCGGGACGGGCAGCUUCGGUGGGGGCAGAAUUUCUAAGGGCCAGAAGGGAGAACCCGGGGACGUUCCUCUCGUGACCGGCAUCCGGGGACGUCCUGGACCCAUGGGACCCCCCGGCUCGUCAGGAGACAGAGGACCUCGUGGACACAAAGGACGGCCUGGACUCCGAGGGCCUCCGGGUUAUGACGGAGAGCCUGGUGUGCCAGGUCAGCCCGGUGAACCCGGACCUCCGGGUCACCCGACACACCCAGGGGGCCUGGGAGCGCAGAUGUCUCAGGGCUUCGAUGGAAAAACGGGACCCCAGGGCCUGUUAAACAGCGCCAGGGGGGAGUCUGGAGCUCGGGGACCUCCUGGACCCAGCGGUUCACCUGGUCAAGCCGGACCACAAGGACCACACGGAGAUGUUGGAGAACCGGGACACAUGGGUCCACCAGGGCAGAGAGGACCAGAGGGACCUGCAGGGAAAGCAGGCGAAGACGGAGAAGCUGGCACAUCUGGAAACACGGGAGAAGUUGGAUUCCCAGGAUCAGCGGGCCCAAGAGGAUUUCCUGGCACGCCUGGACCUCCUGGCCUCAAGGGUCACAGAGGCCACAAUGGACCACUGGGACAAAAGGGUGAAACCGGAGCUGUUGGAUCCAAAGGAGCUACUGGACCCCGGGGUCAGAUGGGAGCACCUGGACCCAUGGGUCCUGCUGGCAUGAUGGGGGAGAGAGGACGUCCUGGGCCUGGGGGCACAGCGGGGAAGCGUGGUCAACCUGGCAACACCGGAAAACCCGGUCCAAUGGGACCUCUGGGUCUCAGCGGAGCCCCUGGAUACCCAGGAACCCCGGGAAUGAAGGGACAACCAGGCCCCACCGGUGUCCGGGGUCCUGAGGGCCCACAGGGACAGAGAGGAGAGACCGGUCACCAGGGCAGAGCGGGACCUACUGGCCUCACGGGACCCCUAGGUACAGAUGGAGGCCCAGGUGCCAAAGGACCAGUGGGUACUCUUGGUCCACAAGGUCCAGGUGGACACACAGGACCACCUGGUCCACCAGGACCCCAGGGAAGCACUGGACAGCCUGGUAUCAAAGGACAGCUGGGAGACGUCGGCGUUCCAGGAUUCAAAGGAGAAGCUGGACCUAAAGGAGAACCUGGUCCACCGGGGUCUCAGGGAGUGAUCGGACCUCAGGGUGAGGAAGGCAAGCGAGGACAGCGUGGAGACUCCGGCUCCGUGGGCCCUCCUGGUCCCGUUGGUGAGAGAGGAGCUCCAGGAAACAGAGGAUUCCCCGGUGCCGACGGGCUGCCGGGACCAAAGGGCGCUCAAGGAGAUCGGGGGAUUUCUGGUCCGCCCGGGCCCAAAGGCUCUCUAGGAGAUCCUGGACGCACAGGAGAGCCUGGUCUGCCAGGAGCCAGGGGUCUUACUGGAACACCAGGAGUCCUGGGGGCAGAGGGCAAGCCAGGACCACUGGGUGCGCCUGGUGAGGACGGCCGUCCAGGACCUGCAGGAUCCAUCGGAAACAGAGGACCCGCAGGAACCAUGGGAGUGCCAGGUCCCAAGGGCUUUAAUGGUGAUCCCGGUAAAACAGGGGAACAGGGAUCUCCAGGAGUGGCCGGUCAGAGGGGCCCUCCUGGAAAAGACGGAGAAGUCGGUCCUGCAGGACCUCCGGGUCCAGCUGGCGUUGCAGGAGACAGAGGAGAACAGGGACCUCCAGGUGUGAAUGGAUUCCAGGGUUUGCCUGGCAAUCAAGGCCCCCCUGGAGAACCUGGAAAGCCAGGUGACCUGGGUAUCCCUGGAGAGCUGGGUGCGGUGGGACAGAUUGGACCGCGGGGAGAGCGAGGAAUUCCCGGAGAGAGAGGAGAACUGGGCCCAAAUGGUCUGCAGGGACCUAAAGGAAUUCCUGGAGCUCCAGGUCCAGAUGGACCAAAGGGCAGCCCGGGUCCUCCUGGAGCUCUGGGUGAUGUUGGUCCUCCAGGUCUUCAAGGCAUGCCUGGAGAGAGAGGCAUCUCUGGACCUCCUGGGCCUAAAGGUGACAGGGGAGCGCUCGGCGAGAAAGGAUCAGAAGGAACGCCUGGAAACGACGGUGCCAGAGGAGCGCCGGGCCCUCUGGGCCCACUGGGACCUGCUGGACCCAGCGGUGAGAAGGGAGAACCUGGACCCAAAGGACCCCAUGGCCCACCGGGAUCCAGAGGCGUGCCAGGAGCGAGAGGCGACCCCGGUCCCAUCGGCGCCGUGGGCUUCGCCGGACCUCCCGGUCCUGAUGGUCAACCUGGAGUCAAGGGAGAGCCUGGAGAGCAGGGCCAGAAAGGAGAUGCUGGGUCUCCAGGACCUCAGGGUUUGGCCGGUGCCCACGGACCACCUGGACCAAUUGGUGUUGCUGGACUGAAAGGAGGAAGAGGAACUCAGGGUGCCCCAGGACCGACUGGUUUCCCCGGAUCUGCAGGAAGAGUUGGACCACCAGGCCCAACGGGUCCGCUGGGAGAGGCCGGACCCCUGGGACCCCCAGGAAAAGAAGGCCCACGUGGACUCCGUGGAGAUCACGGACCACCUGGAAGACAAGGAGAGCGGGGACCUCCAGGACCGGCGGGGAGCCCGGGAGACAAAGGGGACUCUGGAGAGGACGGCCCAACGGGUCCUGAUGGUCCUCCAGGUCCAGCUGGAACUACAGGAAUGAGAGGCAUUGUGGGUCUUCCUGGUCAGAGAGGAGAGCGCGGCAUGCCGGGUCUCCCAGGACCGGCGGGUCCACCAGGAAAGCAGGGAUCCACCGGACCAGCUGGAGAUAAAGGUCCUCCUGGUCCAGUCGGUGUUCCUGGAGCUAAUGGACCUCGUGGUGAUCCUGGUCCUGAUGGUCCUGCAGGAUCCGACGGCCCACCAGGGAAAGACGGUCUUCUUGGACAGAGAGGUUCUCGGGGAGACGCCGGUCCGGAGGGUCUGAUCGGUCCCCAGGGACUUCCUGGACCUCCCGGUCCCGUUGGAGCUCCGGGUGAUGCCGGGAAGAGAGGAGAGCCUGGUUCCAGAGGGCCUCAGGGCCCCCCAGGCUCAGCUGGAAAGAGAGGAUUAGUGGGACCCCAAGGACCAAGAGGAGAUAAGGGCGAUCUUGGUGAUCAUGGAGAACGAGGACAGAAGGGACACAGAGGGUUCACCGGCUUGCAGGGUCUUCCUGGACCUCCAGGUACAACUGGUGAGCAGGGAGCUCCAGGAAUCGUUGGACCAAGUGGUCCGAGGGGACCCCCCGGACCUAUCGGGCCCUCUGGAAAAGAAGGAUACAUGGGCCAGGCAGGACCGAUGGGACCUCCCGGAACCCGUGGACUGAGUGGAGAGAUCGGACCAGAGGGUCCUCCGGGAGAACCUGGACCCCCAGGCCCUCCUGGCCCCCCGGGACCUCCCAUGGCGGCCAUGGACGACCUCUUCGGAGGCCCUCACGAUUACGACUCCGGGCCUCCCCCUCCUCCUGAGUUCAGCGAGGAUGAAGCCAUGCCCAACAGCAACUCCACCACGAUCGUGGCCAUCGACCCCGGCGUGCAGGCCACCCUGAAGGCGCUCAGCAGCCAGCUGGACAGCAUGAAGAGCCCGGACGGCAGCAGGAAGCACCCCGCCAGGACCUGCGACGACCUGAAGAGGUGCUACCCCAUGAAGAAGAGCGGCGAGUACUGGGUGGAUCCAAACCAAGGCAGCGCCGAGGACGCCAUCAAAGUCCACUGCAACAUGGACACCGGAGAGACCUGCAUCUCCGCCAACCCGUCCAGCAUCCCUCGUAAAAACUGGUGGAGCUCCUCCAGGAACAAGCCCGUGUGGUUCGGGGCCGACAUGAACAGAGGAACACAUUUUACUUAUGGCAACAAAGACCAGCCUGCCAACUCCAUCACGGUGCAGAUGACCUUCAUCCGCCUGCUCUCCAAGGAGGCGUCCCAGUCCAUCGUCUACCACUGCAAGAACUCCGUGGGCUACAAGGACGCCAAGACGGGCAACUACAAGAAGGCCGUCAUCCUCAAAGGCUCCAACGACCUGGAGCUGAAAGCAGAAGGAAACAACCGCUUCAGAUACACAGUGGUGGACGACUCCUGCUCGCAAGCGAACGGCAGGUGGGGCAAGACCUCGUUUGAGUACAGGACACAGAAAACAGCCAGACUCCCCAUUGUGGAUCUGGCCCCCGUGGACAUUGGUGGCCCCGAUCAGGAGUUCGGCAUUGACAUCGGGCCCGUGUGCUUCUUGUAGAGUCGCCAUCAGGAAAAGGGAGGGUGGGGUGGGGCGGGGAGGGGAGGGGAGGGGAGGACAGAUCCUCAGACUAUUGAACUGCCAGCUGACCCACUCAGCCACACUGUACAUACGAGUACUGAGGACUAUUGUGGCCCUGUGGCAAGAUAUUUAUUGUGCCUUUCGACCCAGUUCAAAGAUUUGUAAGUUAGUAUGAAUGUUUGGAAUUCACAUAAAGAGAGAGAGAGAGAGAGAGAAAAAAAAACUUUUCGGUUAAAAUCUGAAUCAUUCCUUUGUCGUCUCGUGUACGUUUGACUUUAAGAUCCCACUCUUACAUUACUCAGCCAAACAGUAAUAAGAAAGCUUUAAAAUGUCGCGUAGAACUGCUGUUGAUACGCCCCGAAUCAUUCCUUGAAGCCAAAUGUCCCGUCGCUACUAAUUCUCACAGAUUUGUCUCUUCUCUUAUCAUUAUUAUUAUUAUGUAUUUUGAAUCAUAAUGGUGGUGCUAUUGAGGGAAACGGACGCCGACGCGUCCCGAUGACCCAGCGGCUCUGUACCGGCCUCGAACCCUCGCCACGCGUCAGAGACUGGCGGUCGCUCAGUGUUAGCUACCUCGUCACCCAAACUGAGACAAAGCCAUGACACUCCAUGUAAAGCUUCUCUUUCCUCUCAGCAGGUGCUGUUUUUGUACAGUCGUGUGAUCCUUGUGCACUUCUCCCGGGCUGCGGUACAGGGCGUGGGUUUUCUUCUUCUUUUAUUUUUGUUUUUUAUUUUUAUUUUUUUGUUUGAGAAGUGCUAAUAAAGAUCUUUCUGUCCACGAUGGAGAGACGAAUGAGGUGUCGUGUGCGUGCUGUGUGGUGAUUUGUAACGAUUCUCCGAUUCCAGUUAUGGUACAGUAAAAGAAAGCACAGAUUAUUCUAUUUUUUAUGCAUGUCAGUUCCCCCCUUCUUCUUUUUUUUUUUUGCAAUAUCCUGGACUUAUAUGCUCUUGAAUUCCUUUUUUUUUUAAUAGAAUAAGAUGGCUGUGAGCGCCUGUCUUUGCUUUGUAUUUCUUGCUAUGCAACAAAUUAAACAGAAUGCUUGUUAAUCCCC